CAUGGCAGUACAGAACUGUCGCAGUCUAGGAGACAGUGAAAAAAUCUAACAAAUGAUAGUGCUACGCUGCCUUUGUAACAAUGAGAUAUCAGUUGGUGAAGCAAUCAUUGCUUUUAAGAGUCUCCUAAAACGGGUGCUAAUAAUUUUUGUUUAUGUAUGUGCACUGUAUAGCUGCUCUGGAACUUCAAGUUCAUUCAUUCCUUCUUGUUUCAACUGACGACACCUUUAGAUCAGCACAUCUAAGGAUGCCUGGACGGAGGAAGUGGUACGUCUGGGACUGUUGCCGUCGACUGCCACAGCAUGGCCCUGACAGUGUCCACAGUUGGCUUGUGGCCGGAGCAUGCGCCAUGUCAUCGUUCUUCGCACUGGCUGGAUGGCGUUCCAUGGGAUUGCUAUUCGUCGCUAUGCUCGAGACUUUCCGCGUCACCAGGGUGGAAGCUUCAUGGCCCAUAGUGGUGCUAGGUGCCCUAGGCUACAUGGCAGGCUUGAUUACGGGACCACUGGCGCACAGUUUCCACGCUAGCCGAGCCAUGAUUGCGGGCGCUGCGAUGUCAAGCAUCGGCCUUAUGUUGAGUUUUUUUGCCACAACAACUGGUUUUCUGACAUUUUCACUGGGUGUAGUGCAUGCCAUUGGAACGGGCAUGGUGUACAUAGUGGCCCCCACCAUAAUCAGCGAGCACUUUGUCAAGAACAAGGGCCUAGCGAUGGGACUCAACUACGCCGGCGUCACCGCAGCCCUUUUUGUGUUUCCUAAGCUGUUUGAGUACCUCAUCACUGCAUAUGGACUUCGUGGCGCUCUUCUUAUCAGCGGUGCCAUCACCAUGAAUGGAUUUGCGUUUAGCUUAUUCUCCCGCACACCUCAUUGGCGCAAAGAUGUGGUAAAGGACAUUGAAGACUUUGCAGGUUUGACCACCAAAAGCAUAGAGAGUCAAAGGAGCAACAAGCUACGUCAUUUAUUUGCAGUGUUCAAGAGCCCAAUGUUUUUUCUUUUGAUGUACAGCUUCAACGCUUACGCUAUGUCGUAUGAUUUUUACAUGUCGCUGUUCGUCGACUUUGCCUGUGAUAGAGGGGUACUGGUGUCGACUGCUGUUACCGUAAUGGCAGCGGGAGCAGUCUCCGAGGGUUUCGGCAGGUUCCUGCUGCCGAUCACCGUCGACCGAAAUCUUUUGAAAAGCAGCGUGGCCCUGACGAUCACACUGUGUGUGGAAGCGUUCGCCUUCCUCCUUCUACCGUACCUGAACAGUCACGAACUCAUCUUUGCCGUGGCCGUUGGAAUCGGCUUCGUCAUCGGCACUGGUAUUGUCAUUUUCCCGGUGACUCUGGAAUACUAUUUCGGCCGUGAGAAGAUGUCAGUGGCCUUCGGCAUUGUCGUCGCGUCAGCUGGACUUCAAUCAUUUCUGCGGCCUUCAUUGAUAGGCUACUUCAGGGACGAAGGAGGCGCCUAUGACUGGCUCUUCGUCAUCUGCGGAAUGGUCAACGUGGUCGCAGUUGCUCUUUGGAUAGCUAUGCUUGGACGGGAGUGCUGCAGGAAAGACAGGAACGUUGUUGUCGAAAACACAUCAGCCGGAGGUGUUAUUAAAGUAGAGCAAAUAAAUAAAACUGCUAGACCUCAUCCGGUAUAAAAUUCUGAGUGACCGGUCAUGACGUAUUGUACAGGCCAUAUAAACAAAAAAAAAUGAUAUGAAUAUUUCCACUCACACGUGAGACGGGUGAAUUAUUUGUGAGAAAUAAAAUUGAAAAUUUAACACCAAAA